AUGUUGCAACAACUGUCGAGUUUGAUGACGGCGACAAUGAGCACUGCCUGCAUUUUCGGCAUUAUCACCAACUUGCUCUCACUCGUCAUCUUUACACGGCCGACGUUUCGUAAAAGGUCUGCGAGAAGAAUGACGUUCAAAAACCUUUCUAGAAGACUGUAUCGUACUUGUAUAGCAAAUUCCGACUGGAGAGGCGAGAGGGGUAGAUUGCCAAGGGUGAAGCGUUACGUAUGGGACGCGGCUUUUGGCGGAAAACUCGAGGUCAAACCCGAAAGCCACCUUUUUCUACAGCUUUUCAAUAAAUAGUCGAUGUUUAUGGGCUCGAAAAGAUUCAGUGGAAAGAAUAAAAAUGAACGAAUAACAAAACUUUUUUUUUCACUUUUUUUUUCUCAAUGAUCACAUUCGACCUCGAGUUUCCUCCCAAAAGCCGCGCUUCUCGCUUGCCAAUCUACCCAUGUCAAGUAUGGAAAAAUUGGCUUUACCUUUUUAAAGAAUUUAUUGUUAUAUAAUGUACCUGUAAUUUUUUUCAAAGUGUAUUUCUAACCUUUCGCUAGAAAAGUUGAUUAGCUGAAAAAUGUUUCUUGCAGCGAGUCGUUUAUGAGAAAUGAGCAUGAUUACUGUGACCUGCAAAAGUCGAGUUAGUGUGAACUGACUAUAUAGAGCUCAGAUCGAUCAACAUGCUCCUGGCUGCCCUUUCGGCUUCGGACCUUGCCGUGUGUCUUCUAGGAGUUCCUGUUUACGCGAGUGCCCAAACACAAAAUUUCAUUCCAGGUUUAGAAUCGUUGUUAAUCAAGCCUAAAAAAAUAAGAAAAAAAGAAAAAAACAAAAUGGAAAUAAAUAGAAAUAAAUUUUUUUGCUAAUUUUUUUACCAUAUACUUGCUUAAUUAAAUUUUACGUGGCGAGGCAAAGCCCAUUCAGGAAAAAAACAGUUUGCAGUUUACGCGGCGGCAACGAUCAUGGUUUACGCCUACCCCGUCACGAUCAUGUUUCAGUCCAUCUCCGUCUGGCUGCUCGUCUCGAUUGCCGUUGACCGCUACCUUGCCGUUUGCCAUCCGUUCAUGGUCAACGUCUACUGCACUAGGUUUUCGAACGCCUGAGUGUUUGUCUACAAAAGAGGGUUUUUGCAAGAAGCUUCAAAUCACGUAACUUAGUCUGUUUCAUUAGUCAAAUGUAAUCGAUUAGGCGGUGAACAAGAACUUUUGAAGCUAUAACGAAAAUCAAGUUAAAAGCAUGGUCUUACGGUCCAACGCCUCGUUCUUUUGAGCGUGAACCAUCCAUUCGCGUCUUGAAGAGCUCAGAAUGUAGCGGAUCUUGUGCGGGAGCCCGGAAACCGUGCUCUAGGUGGGAGCUCGAUAUUAGAGCUACCACUUCGAGUGAAGACUUUACAUGGGAAAAAAAAACUCGUCAUUUUUUUUCUAUUCACUCGAAAAACAGCAUUCGAUCUAAUUUCAGAAGACGUGCCAAGGCCACCAUCUUCUUGAUUGUCAUGUUCUCGGUCGCCUACAAUUUUGUGCGUUUCUGGGAAUUCCGACUCAAAAGCGAUGGUGGAGCCGUUUCCGUGGAAAACAUCGUGGUGCCGCUGCUUCGAGAAGACCCUGUCUUCAUGCUGUGGUACCAGAAUCUCGCAACUCUUCUCACUCAAUUCCUUCUACCUCUCGUCGUCCUUUGCGUCUUGAACCUUCAGGUUCCCCAUUUUUGUCGUUUUUCGUGCUUGGCUUUGUAGUUUUUUUUCCGAUUUUCAAAAGCUUUUAGGUGGCGAGAACGCUUUUGCUCGCCUCGGAGCAGCGACGUGAGCUUGUCGCUAGCGAACGCCGUGAGCAUUCAACCGCCAAAAUGAUGAUGAUGGUGGUUGUAGGUGAGUUGCGCGUUUUUCAUAUCAAAAAAGAAAAGCAAAAGUAAGACUUUACAGUGUUUCUCUUUUGCUACUCUUUUUCGUUCGUUCUCAACGUGGCCGAAAUUUAUUGGAAGCACAUGUUCCAGUCGGAAUUUGGCUUUUUCCUAAAUGACGUCAACAAUGUCCUCGUGAUUAUCAACUCCUGCUCGGCCUUCAUUUUCUACUACAAGUUCUCGACUAGGUGAGUUGUAAGAACACGAGUCGAGCACUGACGCCCAUUCUAGGUUCAGAAAGCAGGCCGCUGCCUUGUACGGCAUCAAGUCGCUAAUGAAAACGGCAAGUUUUCGCGGCGUUCGUGGUGAGCAGCGAGAAUCGCGAUCUUCGUCGCCCAGACUGGAAAAUUCGACCGUAUUAGGUAAGAAAGCUCGACUUUUCCAGAGAUAUGAUACAAGGUUGACGAUUUCUCUUCAUUUUUUUUUGCAGAUGUCCGGAAGUUCGAGUCUUCGCCGCCCAAGUUGUCAACAUCUCUUGUGAGAUUACAAUCUCGAUGGUAUGGUGGACGACAGAAGGACCGAACACACGUCUAA